GGGUGAGGCUAUCCAUCCAAAACCAAAAUCCACCUUCGGACUACAUCAAUGCCAGUUUUGUGCCAGGUGGAGGAUCAGAGAGAGACUUCAUCUGUACCCAGGGUCCUUUGCCGAACACCAUCGUUGACUUUUGGAGGAUGGUGUGGGAGCAAAAUGUCCGGAUAAUCGUCAUGGUGACAGCUCUGCGAUACAAAAACACAAUCCUGUGUGAUAAAUACUGGCUGUUGGAGGAGGGGACGGUUUGUCAUGGACUGAUUCAGGUGACAACAGUGACUCGCAGACAAGGCCCGGAUUAUUUUACCACAACCAUCAACCUGCGACAGAGGGACAGUCCAAAGGACAGGAUAAUCACACACUACCACUACCCCUCCUGGCCAGACCAGGGCGUCCCAAACCCACCUUCUCUCUGUGCAUUCACUGAGCACGUGCGGCAGCAUUUAGACGCCAUUCCCCGUCUGGGUCCAGCUGUUGUUCACUGCAGUGCAGGUGUGGGCCGGUCGGGGACGUUUGUGACGCUGUUGUGGAUGAUGCAGCUGUGCGUCAGAGGGAUCACGCCUGAUGUUAAAGGUGCCGUAAAGGACCUGCGACUGCAUCGAAUGUGGAUGGUCCAGACUCUGGUGAGUUCAUGUGGUGCAAAAUGA